ACUACAUCUUUGUUACUCUUCCAAAGCCUUCUUCAGCUUCUCCAGAGCUCUAACUUCACACCUCCAUUUCCCCUCAACCCUCACCUCUCUAGGACUCAAACUACUGAUGAAUCACAGCGGUUCUCCUCCCUGUCUUCCCCCCAACCACCUCUCAGCACACACAGAAACCGCAUCAGCACCCAGACACAAGAACCGGAUAAAACCAAACCUUCGGACCCCAAAACGUCGAAAACAGACCAAACAUCUAACAGUGUUGUCAUGACGCCCAAACUGGCUCGAGCAGGACCCAAGAUCUUCGACAAAGUCCGGGCUUUUGAGGAGCGGAGGUCCAACGUGGAUCUGCCAGGAAGGGCAGCUUCCUUUGACUCGGACGACAGUGGAAAGAAGACCGGAGGCCCCAGCAAAGAGGAAAUCCUGCAGGGGGCAGCGCAGAAGAGAGCAGGAUUCAAGCAACGGGCCUCGUCGUUGGAGGACAAGACGAGCUACUCGCAGAGGGUCCAGAGCUACCAGAGCAAGUUUGCAGAAGAGUUGCAGAGGAUCAAGAAGCUUGUGGGCAAACCAAGCUUGAAGAAGUCGUAUUCCACUGAGCAGCUGUCGCAGAAAGACCGGCUUAACACCGGGAAGCUGGAGCCCAUUCCUCCCCAAGUGGUCAAAAAGCUGGAGGCCAGAGAGCGAGGCCUGGAGGAGAGAAGAGACGUGGACAGAACUCUGCAGACUCAUCCUCAGGCCCAAAGCAAAGAUCUGCAGAAUCAGAGCAGCAACCCGGAAAAGGACAAGAUGACACGUCCAGAUCCACAGGGGAAAGCAGCAGAUAGUUCAUCACAAGGAAGCGCUGGGAGAAUCUCUGUUACCAGGGAAACGGCACCAGUUCACCAGUUACCAGGGCAACCGUUGCCAACAGCCACAAGGACAAACUCGAUCAGGGAAACCUUACAAAGCUCUCAGGAGGCUUACAAAGACACACUUGAUGCCACAUCCCAUGACUCUUCAUCCUCCUCCAGAGACACCAAGAUGGGUAACAGAGCAGAGGGCAGAUCUCCCAGCCCAUCAGGGAAGAGAGCCUCCCCAGUACCUGUGAGGGAAACAGGGUCCCAGUAUCCACCCAAACCGCCCCGGCUCACCCCGUCACCCACUCCCUCCAUCAGCCCUCUCCAGAAGAGGAGGAAGGCGGAGGCUGGGAGGACAUCUCCGGCCUUUAAGGUGAACAUCCCCACUAUCCUGGUGGAGGAUGAGCCCAUGGAGACAGAAAGUGUUGCAGAGAAGAGCAAGAGCAGGAGGAGGGAGGGUCGAGUUCACAAGAGCAAGAAAGGUCAUUCUGCUGAACCCAAGUCCCCAGAGGAAGGGGCUUCGUCUGAUGACUCCUUCCUGUCUGCUGGUGAGGAGUCACCCGAGGGUCCGAGUUUUGAGAAGCCUCUCCAGGACACCACGGCUCCCAGCGCCUCGGAGGUCACGCUGAAAUGUAUCGUCGCUGGCAGCCCGUCGCCCACAGUGACAUGGAGGAAGAAUAACGUGGAGAUACGCAGCGAUGCCUUCCAUGUCGUUAAAGCUGAGGGGGAGCAGCACAGUCUGCUAAUCAAGGAGAUGAGGCCGAGCAACGCCGGGUCGUACUGCGUCACAGCUGCCAACGCGGCGGGCCGAGCGUCCUGCAGCGCCAUGCUCUACAUCCAGUCAGAGCCAAGCCGAAGUGGGAAAGCAGCUGCUUCCCUGGAUGCCAGCAGUCCGAUCCAGUCCGAUGAGGAGUAUCUGAGCCCUCAGGAGGAGGCCAUGGAGGUCUCACCUGCUCCUGGCAAAAGGGUCCAUUUCAAAGAGCCUCCCUCAUUUCAGGUGGCACCGUGUGACCAGGCAGUUUCUGAGGGUCAAGAUGUUGUUCUGACGGCCAGAAUCAGAGGGCAGCCCAAACCCAUGGUUUACUGGUUGAAGGACAAAGUCGCCGUGAAGACAGCAGGGCGCUUCGCUGUGCGAGACAUAGAAGAUGACACCAGUGAAAUGAGAAUCAGCUCAGCUCAGAGGUCAGAUUCGGGCCUUUACGUCUGCAAGAUCGUCAGCGAGUACGGAGCCCAGCAGGCCGAUUGCCGAGUGGAGGUCAGAGCUGGAGGACAAACAACGCUGAGAAUCACCAGGGAGUUGAAAGACGUGGCGGUGAGGGCUGGAGAGUCGGCCAUGUUUGAGUGUUAUGCUACAGGACCUGCAGACGUGGAUGUGGACUGGUUGUCCAACGGGAAGCUGAUCCAGCCGGCGCUGCUCAACUGCAAGAUGCACUUUGACGGGAAGAGGUGUCGUCUCAUGCUGAAUUCAGUACAUGAGGAUGACAGUGGGACGUACACCUGCAAGCUGAGCACUGUUAAAGAGGAACUGACCUCAAGUGCAAACCUGAGAGUCGCUCCGUCCAAGGAGCCUCUGUUCACCCGUAAGCUGGACAUCCUGGAGGUCAUCGAAGGCCGCACUGCACGCUUUGACUGCAAGGUGAGCGGAUCACCUGCUCCUCGAGUCACAUGGAUGCAUUUUGAGACGCAAGUGGAGGAGAGCGAUAAUGUUCGCAUCCUUCAGGAGGGGGGUCGUCACUCACUUGUCAUCACCCACGUUAGCAGCGACACUGAAGGCUUUUACACAGCGGUAGCUCAAAACAUUCAUGGAAAGUCUGAAUGCACUGCUGAGCUCUACAUGCAGGAACCCAGAGCUGCCAUCGCCUCGCACAUGGCCAAGUUGGAGAAGAUGCCAUCCAUCCCCGAAGAGCCUGAAGUGCUGGAGAAUGAGGUGGAGAAGAGGACCAUGCCGGACUUUGUCAAACCUCUGGCUGACGUAGAAGUGAUUGAAGGGAAGGAGGCGGUGCUGAAGUGCAAGGUGGCGGGUCUGCCUUACCCAACCAUCGCCUGGUACCACAACGGCAAACGCAUCGAGAGCAGCGAAGAGCGCAAAAUGACUCAGUACAGGGAUGUCCACAAUCUGGUCAUCCGGAGCUCUUGUCAUGCUCACGGCGGCGUCUACAAGGCUGUCAUCUCCAACAAAGUGGGCAAAGCAGCCUGCUACGCUCAUCUAUACGUUACAGAUAUUGUUCCGGACCCUCCCGAUGGUCCUCCAUUGAUCGAGGCCAUUACAGGAAAAACUAUAACCCUGAGCUGGAAGAGACCAAAGAGGAUCGACCCUUCAUUUGAUAGCGGCUCUUUGCUGUAUGUGGUCCAGCAGCAGCCUCUGGGCUCUAUCCAGUGGUCCGUUGUGGCGUCCAGCCUGAGGGAGACAAACUACACCGUCCCUUCGCUGUCUAAGGGAGUCCGCUAUGCUUUCAGAGUCCUCACAUCCACCGGAAAGACUCUGAGUAAACCCUCACCCUCCACUGACCUGGUCCAGCUGCUGGACAGAGGACCGUAUUUGAGGAAAGCGCCUGUCAUUUUGGAGAAACCAGACAUUGUGUAUGUGGUUGAGAACCAACCUGCAAGCAUCACCAUCACACUGAACCAUGUCCACGCAGUCGUCACCUGGAAAAGGAGGGGCGUGGCGCUGGUCAACAGACCGGGGAUGUUUGAGAUGAGCAUGCCAGACGAUGACCAACACACCCUGAAACUGCAGCGAGUCAAGAGCACCGACAUCGGUCAGCUGGUGGUGACGGCCAGCAACCAGUUUGGCAGCGACCUCUGCACGCUUCAGCUGGCCAUGGCAGUGGCUCCUAAAUUUGAAAGCAUCAUGGAGGAUGUGGAUGUGCAUGUUGGGGAGAUGUCCCGUCUGGCUGUUGUUGUUGAAGGAAAACCGGAUCCAGAUAUUCUGUGGUAUAAGGAUCACGAGCUUCUUUCCGAGAGCAGCCACUUCACGUUUGUGUACGACGACCCAGAAUAUUCCCUCGUUGUCCUCAACGCUCAGCCCGAUCACUCUGGUGUUUACACCUGCACUGCAAAGAACCUGGCCGGCUCCAACUCCUGCAAGGCUGAGCUCACAGUUCACACAGAGCGAAAGGAGGCAGCGGAGCCAAUGGAGGACGAGGGGACCAUUCUGAGGAAGAUGAGGCGUUUGACGGAUUACUAUGAUAUCCACAAAGAGAUAGGGAGAGGGGCCUACUCUUAUGUGAAAAGAGUGACGCACAAGAAGGGGAAGGCCGAGUUUGCUGCCAAAUUCAUUUCUGCUCGACGAAAAAGGAAGGCUUUGGCCCUCAGAGAGAUGGAUCUGCUGUCUGAGCUGGACAACGAGAGGAUUGUCUAUUUUCACGAUGCUUUUGAGAAGAAGAACAUGGUGGUGCUCAUCACUGAGCUAUGUCACGAGGAGCUGCUGGAGAGAAUGGCCAGGAAAACCGCAGUCAUGGAACUGGAGAUCCGCAGCAGUGUUCAGCAGGUUCUGGAGGGUCUUCGUUAUCUGCACCAAAAAAGCAUCGCCCACCUCGAUAUAAAGCCAGAAAACAUUUUAAUGUCCAGCCCGGGGAGCGACCACAUCCGAAUUUGUGACUUUGGAAACGCCAUAAAACUGGAGGCUUCAGAGGAGCACUACAGCAAGUACGGCACGCCGGAAUAUGUUGCACCAGAGAUUGUUAACCAAACUCCUGUUACCACGGCAACAGACAUAUGGCCUGUCGGUGUCAUCACUUAUCUCUGCCUGACUGGUGUGUCUCCUUUUGCUGGUGAGAACGACCGAGCCACCGCUUUAAACAUCCGGAACUACAACGUGGCGUUUGAGGAGAGCAUGUUUUCUGACCUCUGCAAAGAAGCAAAGGGAUUCGUCAUCAAGCUUCUGGUGGUGGACAGACUGAGGCCCAGUGCUGUUGAAUGUCUUCGGCAUCCUUGGUUCAAGUCACCAACAAAUAAAAACAUCAGCACGGCUAUGCUGAAGCAGGUUUUGUCUAGACGACGAUGGCAGCGUUCCCUUAUCAACUACAAAUCGAAGAUGGUGAUGCGAUCCAUCCCAGAGCUCCUGAAUGAUUCAUGCAGCCACGUCUCCAUCGCCGUGGCCCGGCAUUUAAAAGAAGGCUCGCCUCCAGCCUCCUCCUCCUCUGAUUCAGAUGCAGAUGUGGAUGAGCUUCCCUUCAUUCCUAUGCCGCUGUCCAUGGUCUUCUCAGGGUCCAGGGUCUCCCUUAACGAGAUCCCAGGGGAUGAGGAUGUCAGUGGAUGGCCCGGUGUGUGCGCUGAUCGGACGAGGAAGCUGAACAACGUGGAUGUAGUAGGUACUAGAGGAGGGGCUGGAAAAAGGCUUACGGAUGAAGAAAAAUCCCCAGAUGAGGAGAAAAUGGAGAAAACAAAACGAGCACCGCUUAAAAAAGGCUCAAGUGUGGAGCUGGAUGAAUCGCAGACCAAAUCCAGGCGGGCGACCAUGAGGAGAGGCAGCUCUGCUGACUCAGCACUGCUUCUGCACAUUGACCCAGAAGAGGGAAAUGCAGAUGAGGAUUCGGAAGCAAGUAACAAGAGCCUGAAAAAGGCUGUUUCCAUGGAACUACCCAAUCGCAGCCCGAGCCCCGGGGCUACAAAGUUAAGCCAGGAGGAUUAUGCCCUAAAACUGGAACUGAUGAGACAGCGGCUGCUCAGGGGAGGAAAUGUGGAUAAAAAGAUGAGUGGCUUGCGAGGACCGCUGUUUGAAACUCUUGGCAUGGAAGAUGAGAGGCAGACGGGGUCUCUGGAUCGGAAUCUAAGGAGAUCCAGAGCAGGACCUUCAACACUCACCAGAGCGGCAUCUUCUGACAAUACUGUAGACGACACUCCCAAGACCAAAGUUUUCUGUAAAAGCGCCUCCUUCACUCAGGGCGAUUCAGAGCCCAUGCCCCUACACCGCCGGUUUGGAGCCCCCUUAGAGAUCCCCUCUAUGGGCAAUGGUAGCAUAGAAGGUAAGAAGCUCCAAGAGGCAACGUCAAUGUCUGCGCUAACAGAACAAACAACACUGGAGUCUUCAGAGAGGACCUCCUUUGUUCUUCCAGCGUCAGGAAGACCAGAGCAGCAGCAAAAGCAGAACAAUGUGAAAGUACAUGAGGACGUAACAGAGAAAAGGACCAACCCCCAACUUGAAAAGGCAGAUAAAAUAGAAUCUGAGUCUCAGUCCCCUUCAGUUAUUACUCCUAUAAUUGUAAUAGAGGAGGAAGAUGACGAAGAAGAGAGAAUCGACGAUCAGGUGUUGCAUGUUAAUGAAAAAGAAACUAAAGGCAAUGAGAAAACGCCACAGAAUAGGAAACCAUCCCCCGACAAGGCCCAAUCCAAAGAUCCUACAGUGAGGACAACAACAGAUGCAUCUACGUUACCUGAACAUGCAGCAGUGUUUGCCAAAGUAGCACCUGCUGAUCGAUCUCCUGCCUCUGUUUCCUCCACAUCCAACCCUGAUCUUGCCAUCCCUCGCCAGCCGCUGCUCAGAACAGACAUCAAAGACAUCGACUCAGAGGAGGUGUUUGAAGCCAGGUUUAAGAAACGGGAGUCCUCGUUGACCCGCGGCCUCCGGAAACUUACCCGAAACAAAUCAGAGGAGAAAUCCCCGGUAUUGAGCCGAAAAGCGGCCGAGGGGAGCGAAGAGGUUUAUCGACCUGGGCCGAGAGGGGCCCCUCUGGAAAUGGUAUCCAAAGGACUUCAGGAGAAAUCCAAGUCCGUUCAAGAUCUAAGAAGUGAAGAUCAGGAACCAGGCCUUGGUCUGAUUGGUAGGUGGUCGCUGAGGGCAAAGAGGUCAACAUCCACUGAGAAGAAAGGUGAGAAGCCCAAAGAGGAAAAGCAACAGAAUGCGCAGGAAAGUGCAGCCAGCAAGAGGGUUUCCUGGGCCAUCGGUCGCAGUAAGUCUCUGGAUACGAAGGAGCUGAACAGUGCCCAGAGGCAGCUGGAAGAGAGGGAGCAUAGAAAGGCUGAUGAGUCAUCGGUUUCUGCUAUGAGACGCAAGUUUGAGUCCAAAGUGGCAGGAAUCUCUGCGAGAAUAAGGACUCAGUCAGAGGAGAGGAAGGAUAAAGACUCUGUGGGGAGUCAGAAAGAUUUAAAUAAGGUCAUGGACUCUCCCGUCGUGGCAAUACGAAAUAAGUUUGAGAACAAAGUGGCAGGAAUCUCUACGAAACUCCGCAGUCAGUCUGAAGAGAGAUUAGGAGAUGGAGAGGGAAAGACCACGCCACUGUUUACCCGCCACCGUCAUUCCCAGUCUGAGGGCCGUGGACUCAAAGGAAUGGGAAUCCCUGAGAACCAGCUGGCAAAACAGACCUGCGGCGCUACAUCCAAGGAAUCCGUCGAAUCCACAUCAAGCAUCCAGUCCGAGAAGGCCUCAGAAAGUGACAGGAGGUCACGAUGGGACAGGUGGGGUCUGACAAGAAGCAAGAAAGACAAAACUCCUUCCCAGUCUGAUCUGCCCUCAGCCGUCCCCAAAGAGGAAGGUCUGACUAAAAGCCAAAAAUUCAUCCGCUCAGCUUCAGACUUUGCUCCGGUGUUCCACAUCAAACUGAAGGACCACGUCUUACUAGAGGGCGAACCGGUCACUCUGAGCUGCCUUCCAGCUGGAAGUCCACAUCCAGAGAUCACAUGGAUGAAAGAUCGUAAACCGUUGGAGGUGGACGACAGAAUGAGCCUGGUCUCCCACCCAGACGGCAGGCAGCUCCUUAUGAUCAUGAAGUCCAGCCACAGGGAUGCUGGAGUUUAUGAAUGUGUGGCCACCAACCCCAUCGCUACCAUCACCACCUCCUGCACACUCUCCAUAGCCUGUAUCCCGAAGCGACCAGGAACCCCUGAAGUUCCUCAAACGUACAACAACACAGCUCUGGUGCUGUGGAAGCCUGCAGACACGAAAUCCCCCUGCAAGUACACUCUGGAAAGAAAAACAGAAGGUGAUUCCAGCUGGUUAACUGUGGCCACCGGAGUGGCCGACUGCUACUACAAUGUCACCGACCUGCCAGCAGGGGGCGCCUUCCGGUUCAGAGUCUGUUGUGUGAACAAGGCUGGCCAGGGACCCUACAGCAACACGUCUGCUACAGUCAGCCUGGACUCUACAGAUGUUGGACCUUUGCCUGCCGUCGCCGUCGUAAAGACGGUCCCACCUGUACCAGGAGUGACCUCCUCGGUGACCGUCUCUCCACUCAAACCCGUCCAGAACAACACUCUCAAGACCACCGUCUCCAUGAUCACCUCCACGUCCUCUCCCCCAAAAGAUGCUGCAGUCUCUCCAUCCUCUCCAGCUGAAAGCCCAACAAAAACCGAGGAUGCUCCGAAAAUCAGCUCCACUCUUCCUUCUUCGCCCACAGUCAAAGCCCCUCCACCCUUUGUCCUCCCCAAACCCCAGAGUCCGGUGAACGUGGUGACCCCAAUGACCCAGACCCCACCCGUUUCACCUCCGCCUCUUCUUGUAACUCCACCUUUAACUCCCACCAAGCCGGUUGUGGUGUCGGUGCCCUCGUACGUCCCCACGUCCACCGCCACAGCUCGGGUAGCCCCCUCUCCAGUGUCCUGCUCCCCCCGGUCCUGCAGACCUCCAGCCUCAGCCCCAUCGGUGAAGGAGCCUCUACACCCAGCAGAGGGACCCCGUCAGGACGAGCGACACCCUCCACUGCUCUGCGACAAGGAGUUCCUCAGAAACCGUACACGUUCCUGGAUGAGAAGGGCAGGGGGCGGUUUGGAGUCGUCCGGGAAUGCCGAGAAAACGCGACGGGUAAAAUCUACAUGGCGAAGAUCAUCCCCUACAGCCAGGAGAACAAGCAGGAGAUCCUGAAGGAGUACGAAAUCCUUAAGUCCCUUCACAACGAGAGAGUCAUGGCUCUGCACGAAGCCUACGUCACGCCGAGAUACCUGGUGCUGGUGGCCGAAUACUGCACCGGCAAAGAGCUGCUGUACAGCCU